AUGGAUUCACCAACAACCACGCCUUCGUCAAGCCCAUCGGAUUACUCCUUCGGGCAGCAUUUCAGUAACAUGACCCAGAACACAAGCUAUUCUCCAGAAAGCCACGACGCCGAAGAAAACGCGUGCUCUCUGGACGUUGAUCAACUUGCCGUGCUCAAACCACCUCAUCGGCUCUUUUCCACGCCUAAGGAUGGCCGCGUUCUGUAUACCAUCAACUCCAAGGAAUGGUGUUACGAACUUUCCAACUCAGCCGAUCUUUACAAGAGUCAUUUGUCUGUCAACGCGAAGAAACUAGACUACCAAUGGGAAAAUGUGUAUGGCGCAACCGGCGUGGUCUACGGCAUUGCCAAAAUUUUGAUAGCCAUGUGCCGGAAUUUCCGGAUUGAUCUUCACUCUCCAACAGGCAGCAUAUUGGCGUACGUCGAAAAGGCGGAACAAGAGCUUGAAAAUGGCUCUGUCAUAGACUUCAUCUUUGCUAUGGAGGACCUCUAUCCCUGCUUGUACGCCAGAUUGGACAUUGAGAUUGGUCUUGUUCACUUCUGCUCGUCCUUCGUCGGCAAUGGACAAAAGCGACGGUCCAAGACUCAGCCACAAUUUCCCGAACCAGAACAAAUCUACACAAUCUUAGCUAUGUGCAAGAGCGCCUUAGAAGACACAAGUGUUUGUUCAGCAUUCGACGAUCGGAUGAUCGGCUAUCACCAAAAUUACUACAUUGCAGAAAUGACAAGAAGAUAUCAAAUGGAUGGAAUAUUACCGCUUGAUCACACUGGCUUUCGAGCACACGUCUAUGAGAUGAUUGAAAAUCCUAGCUCUCACUCGUUUCGGCACUGGUGUCAAAUCUAUCCCGUACUAGGGCAUCUUAACAUCGAAAUCCUGGCAUUUCUAUCUGAAAAAUACAUUCCAAUGUAUCCUCGGACAAGUAGCAAGUACGAAUUCACCACGUUCAACGCACUUGGUCCUUAUGAUUUCGCAGAAAAUGUCGCUGCUUGGGAAGAAAACAUGAAAUGUGCUCAUCGAAUGUGCGCGCUGGCGAGAAUUGAGGGCAAGGCAAUCGGGCAGCUGCGGCGAGAAGAAAACAACUUCAACAUCGUACGGUAUGCUAGCGAACAGAAGUGUAUUUGUCUUGAUAUAUGCAGCUGUUCCCGAUUGUGUACUGGGUCUGCAAACACACACUGUCCUUGUUCUGGUCGGUGGAUGCGCGGACUUCAUCUUUAUCAACCCAACUAUGAGGCCACCUUUCGCGAGAAGAGCACCACCAUGGGUGAAUUGACAUAUGAGUCUCUAGUCGCCCUCAAGCGUGAUCUGCCUGAAUAUCUGUUCCGCUGUGAACUUCAUGCCGGCAUCAAUAUUAUCCGGGAGGAGAUGAUCAAACAGCGCAUUGUUACGCCACGGCCUGAAUAUGAUAUCUUUGGAUACCAUGUUGCCCGAUCCGCAUAUGGUUCGCGGACACCUACCCCCUCCGCCAACCAGAAACCAUGCAAGAGUCCGUUUUACUUUGAGACGGGAUAUGCCUUGCAACCCAAGCGGCCGUCGAGACCGUUCCCGCCUCCCUUUGUCUCGAUACCAUCGACUUCAUUCUCCGAUCCUUUGACGACGCAUUCUCAGAGUCAGGAUAGACGGCCGAAAGUGAAGAAUGAAUUGAUCAGGGGGUUGACAAAUGGGGAUGAUGCUAUCCUUGCGAGCGACUUUUUGCUGGGUGUUAAUGAUGGUGUUGGUGCCUGGCAGAUGAAGCCCAAGGGCCAUGCUGCGCUAUGGUCUAGGUUGAUUCUUCAUUUUUGGGCGCUCGAAUGCGAGCGACAGGUCACAUGCACAUCGCAGCCCGAUACCAUUGAAUUCUUACAAAACGCAUAUGAAGAAACCAUAGCAGCCACCAGGAACUGGCUCGGCACAACAACGUCGGCCACAGCAUUACUUCAUUGCAACAAACAGCAUAAUACCACAAAUCCUUUACUUUACGUCACCAAUAUCGGCGACUGCCAGAUCACUGUCAUCCGACCCCGGGACAGAAAAGUAGUUUUCAGAUCGCGCGAGCAAUGGCAUUGGUUCGACUGCCCCUACCAACUCGGUACAAACAGCGCAGACCAACCCCGCACUGACGCAGUGGUAAACACGGUUGAACUAGAAGAAGGCGAUAUCGUAAUCGCAGUCUCAGACGGUGUCACGGAUAACCUCUGGGACCAUGAAAUCGUGGACAACGUCCUUGAGAGCAUCAAAAAGUGGGAAACCAGGGAUGUGGGUAAUUUGCUCACUGCGGCCUCCGCCAUGGGACAAGAGGCUGCUGGUGGUCUUGCGGAUUGCAUGGUUUUUGCGGCUAGGAGGCUAUUGAAUGCGGCGCUUGCGAUUGCGCUGGAUCCUUUUGCGGAUAGUCCCUAUAUGGAGAAGGCUAUUGAUGAGGGUCUUACCCUUGAAGGGGGCAAAAUGGAUGAUAUCAGCGUGGUUAUUGGACAGUGUACAAGAAGGAUAGAAUAG